CUUUCAGAAUGUUUUUUUGUAUCUAUUAUCCUCACCCAAUAAGCUAUCAAAUAUCAAUAGCAGAGGAAUGGAGAAGCAGCUCCACCAAGAAAAAUUUGAUGAUUCUGUGUUGUUGGAGGUGCUCAAUUUUGAUCCACUGAGAGGAUGUUCUCCUGCAAAGCCAAUAACAGCUGUUGUUAAGCAGAUACUCAUCUUUCUGGAGGAUCUGACAUUGUUCUGAAGGGAAGGGAUUCUUGAAUGCCUUAGACUGGCAUCCCACCUGCUGGCUGCUGAGCUUUCUGAACUGCUAUUCGUUUGCCAUUGCAAUUUAGACAAAUAUAAAAGUAUCGAUGUGAUGUGAAUUCUGAAGUAGCCUUGGGUGUACAAAGCAGUGGAAACAUUAUUAUUCUCUCUUUAGGAAGACCUGAAAUCUAUGAAGCUGAAACCAAAGACACCUGUAGUUGAACAAGAGAACUCUGAAAAGGAGCCAAAAUGAAGCAUUAUAAGAAGCUUGGCCUCAACUUCGGCAGCAAGAACAGAUAACCAGGGAAAGACCAUAAAAGAGUUAAGAACUGAACCUGACUCGCCAACCCUUCUCUAGCUUUCUUCAUAGAGAAGAAAACCCCAGUGACUGUGGAAUUGGUGAUGGCUUUAGUCCUCAAGGUAGAAAUGAGGUAAUGUUUUGGUUUGGCUGAGCAUAAUGUCAUGCCUCGUGGUCGUGGCUUCAUAAUUUUGUAAAGAGCCGAAGCUGAUCAUUCGGUCUCAAAUUCUGCUUGUGUUUGGGGCUUGAAUGGAAUGGGAUGGAAUGAAGAGGGAAAAUGGAU